AUGGUUCACCAUCGCCCAAAAGCGUUAACUCCAUCUGCGGCUAGAACCGCUGAACUUAUGGAAGCUCGUGCGAAUUUUCGUACAACUUUUGAAGAAAGUCUUGGCUGGUUCAAUUCCGUAAAGCUAGAAGAAGGAGUUUAUUUUCAAGCUCCGGAUAACAUUUCCGCGGCGGAUUCUUUAUAUCAAAAAUUUCAAAAUGUAUUAAAAGAGAUUAUUGAUUCGGAACCUGAAUUGGCAGCAACAGUAAAAUCGGGGGAAAAAGAGUUAGAAGUUUUGGAGGAUCAUCAGAAGGUGUUAUGUAAUUUUAAAAUUUUUCCUCAAAGAAUUAAGGAUAACCAGAAAUGA